UGCGUGUUGGGGAUAAGGAAGUAACGAGUGUGGUUUUGUGGAGCCGAGUGCGGCAUGCAGGCAGCUCUGGAAAUAACCUUGCAGCAUUGCCACAAAGAAGCUGAGCAAUAUGGCCGGUGUGUGGGUGCUAACCCUUCUUCCUGGCAGCAGGACUGUCACCAACUCAAACUUGAAAUGGCCAAAUGUACAUCAUCCCACCCAAUUGUUCAGAAGAUUCGCCGAGAUUGUGCCGAGCCAUUUACUGCAUUCGAGGAGUGCCUUAAGACAAAUCAGAGUUCUUCAUUCAAAUGUUCUGAACAACUCCAAAAGUUUCUCGUCUGCGCUGAGCAGGUGAAACUGAAUACAUAAGCCUUUUGAUUUCUUCAGCAGAAACCUUGCUAUUCCUUGAAGUGGCAUUAUGACUAAAAAAAUUCAACCAGCAAAGGCACCCGCUUCUCAUCUGUCAUGAAGAUACCCUUCUCCGCCUGCAGAUACAUCUUUCGUGUAUCUGCAACCAUCCGACAUAUCUCAGCUUGGCUCAUUGACAUGGAAUCUCAAUGUACAAACCCAGGUAUCUGGGGUAGAUAGUUUAUUAUGCCUGGAUCUUUUGAAGGCACCAUACAGUAAACUGAAAAGACCCUGAAUAAUCCUUUCUGACCCAAUUUCGCAGACAGAAUUGCAAUGUUCUAUGGCUCAAAGCAGAGUGAUCCAGACAGAUUAAUGAACAGAAGAAAAAAGGAAUCUAAGUUGCCAUGGAACUUCUCUGAAAGUACUUUAAUCUUCUCUCAUGGACUGUGAGACUUGCCUCAGGGUAUCCUAUUUAUGUCCAUCUGCAGCACCGAGCCAACUUUGACCUGGAAAAAAAUCUAAAACAAGGUCAGACAUAAUUUCUUAGAUGGAGAAUCACUAUAUACUACUAUAGUUGUACACAGAUUGGGAAGCCAAAAAGAAGUCUGCAAAGAAGAUAACAGAUAAAUGUUUUUUGUAUUGUUACCAAGAGUAAUACAUGUCCAUGCCACUCAAUCACUAGGACACAAACUUAAUUCAGAGACAUGAAUACAGUGCUUUUAUUCUCUUCGUAGUCAGUAGAGGGCGCUCUGUCAACAUCAGAAUGUUCUUGAUUCUUUGUUUUAUGACUGUGCUGUAAAAGCUGACAAGAAAAAUGACAUCAAAUGCAACAUUACAUUAAUGAAAUUCAACAGUUGUCAGCCAAGGCUUCUGACUGGAUUUAUAUACAUAACUUUGAAUGGUAUUGGAAUCAUGUUUGCAGUAUUACAUGUGUCAAUGCAUUGCUUAUAUCACUUAGCCAGUGGGAUACAGGUUUUGUGAAAAAUUACACGGUAUUCUGAAUUGCCAUGAUAGGAUAGGGGAAAUGAUUUGUAAGGAGGCAUGAAUAAAUGUGCAAGAAUGAGAAAAUCAAAUGAAGACCUAA